GAUUGGCCCUGUGCUGUAAAACAUCAAAUAUAUUCAGUAUGUUUUAUAAAUCUAAUAAAAGGUGGUUAUGUCACGUUGAUGACGACAACUAUCUCAAUGUGCCGGAGCUGAUGAAGUUACUCCGGCAGUUUGAUCACGAUCAAGAUCAUUACCUAGGCCGGGCUAGCCUCAGUCAUCCUAUAGAAGCUAUAGAUAGAGUUUCAAAUCAGAGAGUAUCAUUUUGGUUUGCUACCGGCGGUGCUGGAUUCUGUAUCAGCAAGGCGUUGGCUACUAAGAUGAUGGUCUAUGCUAGUAGUGGUACUUUUGAGAGAAUGUGCAAUAGAGUACGCCUUCCAGACGAUGUUACUAUUGGUUUCAUUAUAGAAAUUUUAUUGAAGAAACCUCUGACAAAAGUGCAAACCUUCAACUCUCACCUUCAGCAACUGGCCAGAAUUCCAACUAGACAACUUCAAAAUCAGCUUACCUUGAGUUAUAGUAUUACUGAAAGUAGACGCAAUGUUAUCAACUUGGCAGCUAUUAUGGAUGAUGAUCCAACCAGAUUCAAAUCAUUCCAUUGUACGUACUUCCGGGGAUAUGGGAACUGUCCAUCCAACUAGCGUCAUCUUUGAUGCAGCUAAUGGUCAGCCAUUGGUCAUCUUAGGAUUGUCAUUAGCAACCAUCCUGAGGCCAGAGCUGCUGGACCGUGGUCAAACCAGCUAUCAUCCGAAGGGGUUGUUCUUAUUUAUCCAACGAAUGUCAUCCUUGAGGCAGCUAACAGUCAGCUAUUAGACAUCUGAUUGUCUUUACCAUCCUUGGGCCAGUGCCACCAGACCACGGUCAAACUAGCUAUUGUCCAAAGGAGUUGUCCUUAUUCAUCCAACGAAUGUCAUCCUUGAGGCAGCUAAUGGUCAGCUAUUAGACAUCUAAUGGUUGUCUCUACCAUCCUUGGGCCAGUUCCGCCAGACCAUGUUCAAACUAGCUAUUGUCCUAAGGAGAAGUGGUCAUCUUUAUGCAGUACCUAACAUCCUUUUGAUAGAUGACAUUCUUCUUGGUGAUUAUCGAAGGGCAAGCUUGUGGUCAUUGCAAUGAACAUCUCAGCAUCUUCAUUGCCAGCUAAUGGUCAUUUCAUCCACCAUCCUGUUACCAGUAACAUGUAGAUCAAUGAGUGCCCUUUGUACUACUGCAAUGACCGGCUACGAGUAGCUCUGAAUUUUAUUUCAGCGUUCAUCGUCUGUCUGGACAGAUAAUGGUCAUCUUAGAUCAGCUGAAAGUUGAAUCACUCAGUUAUGUUCAUAUGAAUGAUUUUAUUAGUCUACCAAUUAGCGACUAUCGCUGUAGCCAUCUACUGGUGAGCUAGUCGUCCUUUCAGUUUCCGUCUUCUGUCCAGUUAACGGCCAUCUUCCAUCUAUUAGUCACCUGAAGGACGUACAGCUCACCCUCCUCCAACAAACGAGUACUAGAGUACAGUGUCUGGAAAGAUAAAACAAGAAAGUAAAAUGUAUUGAUGUAUGGGUAUCCAAGUAUCUGUGGUGCUGAGGAAUGUUGAAGGCCAUGAAAGGCACUUGGUCUUCGUUCCUCGAAUACUUUUUUAUCAAUAUGCUGCAGCCAAUGUUUGUUUGUCUGUUAUUUUAAAAAAAGAGACGGGUGUCAGAGCAGUUCAAGUACAAUAACCAAAUUGAAACUGUGAGUCUUCUUAGGUUGUUGGCUAAUUGGGGUGUGUUUCAUGAAGCAAGUAGGCAGUGGAUUUCCAUUGACUAAUUAGUUCUGAGCCGCAAGGAUUAACAGUAGCUUAUAACAAUCGUGAGGGAAUAUCACCGAUUAUUUUUUUUGUGAAACUCUCCCUCAAUGCCUGCCUGUGAGUUUGUAUGUUAUAUAGUCAGGGUGGGUUUUUCAUAAAGCUGUUUGUAAAGUUAUGGAUGACUUUCCGCAUGACUGGUUACCCUUUCGUGUGCUAAAUGAAAUAGCCCUCUAGCUGAUUUAGCACUUGAGAGAAUGUUCCAGUCGCUCGUAAAGUUGUUCAUAAGAACAUUGCUCGUAACUUUACAAAAAGCUUUUUU